AUGCGAGCGCUGUGCAUCGUCGCCCUGUGCGUGACUCUCGUGCGAGGCGCCGCAUGGGAUGCGCAGGUGUAUGGACGAGGACGCCUGCCGCGGUAUGACGACGAGCUUCGGCCGCUAGAAUGGGGUCAACUCCAGGUACUUCACACCACCGAUAUCCACGGAUGGUACCAGGGCCAUACGAAGUCAUCGCCCCCGGAACCAAACUACAGUGGCGACUGGGGCGACUGGAUCGCAUUUACGCAGCACAUGCGCCGCCUUGCCGAUGAGCGCGGGGUCGACUUGCUCCUGGUGGACACGGGCGAUUUGCAUGAUGGCAACGGGCUUUCGGAUGCUGGUCCCGGCGUCCAGGGCCACGUAAGCGAUCAAGUGUUUGCGUUGGCUGACUAUGACUUGCUGACGAUCGGAAAUCACGAGCUAUACAAUAUGAGUGUGGCACAGGACGUGUAUGAGCACUUUGUGCCGCAUUGGGGCGAUCGAUACCUGACGUCGAAUGUACAUAUUACCCUGCCUGGCACUACGCAAUCGCGUCCUAUUGGUCACAGGUACACGCGCUUUACGACCAAGAACCAGCGCCUUACUAUUCAGGCAUACGGUGUGCUCUUUGACUUUCAGUUAGGAGCACCUGGGAUCACCGUGCAGGACCCCAAAGCUAUGGUAAAGGAGGCGUGGUUCCAAGCGUCAUUGAGGGCAUCGUCGGAUGUGGAUGCCUUUGUGAUUGCAGGGCACAUGCCCGUCACAGGCUACGAUGGUUGGGACGCGAUUCAUGAAGCCAUUCGAUCCGUGUGGCCUACGACUCCCAUUCUCAUGUUGGGCGGACAUACACAUGUUCGAGACUGCCGCAUGCUAGAUAGCCAUGCGAUGGCCCUGGAGAGUGGGCGUUACCUCGAGACUGUCGGCUGGAUGAGCGUGUCGAAUGUAUCGGUGCCCACUUUUUCGCGGCGCUACAUUGAUGCAAAUCCACGCAAUUAUGCGUUUCAUGCGGGCCUGGUGCAUGCUGGGCACUUAUCCACGCCUCGAGGUCGAUUUGUGCGAGCCACCAUGGAUGCGAUGGCUCGAGCGUGGAACUUGACGGAUGUGUACGGCAUUGUACCACGCGACUAUUACUUGGACCGCGCUCCGUAUGGGGAUCCUAGUGCGCUGCUCACACUGAUGAGCGAGCACAUCUUGCCAGAUGUCGUACGUUCGUCGUUUCCCGCACGCGCAAAUGCAUCGAGCCUGAUCAUUAUGAACAGCGGAAGCCAGCGCUUUGAUGUGUUCGCUGGUGCCUUUACCAAAAAUGAUCAGUACAUUGUGAGUCCCUUUCGCGAUGCAUUCUUGUUCGUGCCUGAUGUGCCCUGGUAUGUGGCACGGCGCCUUGUGCAUCGCCUAAAUGAACUGGGCGCAGUACAUAACGAGCAGCCUGGUGCGGUACACCCAGCCCAGGGCGACGCGGACCCUAUAUUCCAUCAAUACCUCCGACAUGCGUUUUAUUCAUACUGGCUAAAUCGCCUCUCGCCGACGUCUACUUCGUCGACACAGUCACCCGUGCCAAGUGGUCGUCCGGCAUCAGCGCGGCGGCUCGAAGAGUUGUUGGAACAGGUGGGAACGGAUGGCAGUAUGGCCGAGGCAUUGCCCCACCUCGUAGGUGGAUCUCGUGGACGCUCUCCGAGCCUUGGCUACGUCACGGCAGAUUCGUGCUCAGGUCUCGGCGAUGAUACUGUGCACACGCCUAUACCGUACAGCGAUGAACAGCCUGAUUAUAUUGCUGCACAGCCUGUGCCGUUGCCCAGCAGUGACCAUGACCAUGUGGAUGUCAUUUUCGCUGAUUUUAUCGCUCAGUCAAUUCUCUCCUUGUUAAAUACGUAUGACGCGCGGCGACAUUAUACGAUGGCAGACGUGAGUGUAUGGGGCAAUGCCACGACCGAGUCGCUGUAUUCCAGCUUCGCCCAGCUGCACUGGCGACUAGAUUCUAUGGAUAGCGCUUUGCAUGAUAUGGACAGAGCGGCUACGUUCGAUGGCUAUCCACCUCUAGCACCAUUUGACACGUAUGCGGGAGAUCCGUAUGCUCCGGUCACAGCACCACGCCUCGUAUUUCAGUAA